UCUUCUCUUCUUCUCUCUCGUUACUCAAAUAGAAAUAUGUCAGCUAGACCUACUCAAAAGCAACAAAGACCUCAAAACCAGGCAAGGCGUUACAGAGCAGGACAAGUUCCUGAGAAUUACGUUGAUGAUCUUUCCGAUUCGGAAGAAGAGGAGGAACAAAUUGAGGAGCCCGUUCGACGAAAGAGAGGCGAGGUUCAAUUUGCCCAAAAAGAGGUUGACACAGGUGUAAAACAAACCACCAUUUCCGAAAAAGAUGCAAGUACCGAUCGUAGAUUAAGAAGAUUGCAGCAAGCACAACAAACUCAACAUGUCGAUGAGGAUUCGGGAAGAAGAAGAAGACGUCAGGUUGAAUCCGACGAAGAAGAAGAGGAUGUUGACGAGGAUGAAAAAGCAAGAGAGCGCAUGCUUUUAAAACAAAGAGCUUUGCAACAGCAAGAAGAGGAACUAGAAUCCGAACAAGAGGGAUCUGAAGAGGGCUCAGAAGAAGAGGGAUCGAGUGAGUAUGAAUCGUCCAGUGAAGAAGAAGAUACAAUUGCUCGCUUACCAAAGCCUGUAUUUAUACCAAAAGCCCGCCGCGAAACAAUUUUGCAACAAGAAAAGCUUGCAAAGGAAGAGGAGGAACGUGAAAAGCGACUGGAGCUGGAACUUGAAGAAAGAAAGAAACAAUCGCAUGACAUGUUGGCCGAAGAGCUUCGACGUGAAAAAGAAGAAGCCACACAAAAGGAAAUUACCGAGUAUGAGGAUGCUGUGGAUGACACGGAUGGUUUAGAUGAAGAAGCUGAAUUUGACGCUUGGAGAAUCAGAGAAUUGAACCGUAUUAAACGUGACCGAGAAGAACGUAUUGCUCGCGAAAAGGAAGAGGAAGAAUUAGAACGUAGAAGAGCACUUCCGGAAGAUGUUCGAUUAAAAGAGGAUUUAGAAAGAGCCAAGGAAAGCAAAAACAAGGAGAAAGGACAACAUACGUUUAUGCAAAAAUACUAUCACAAAGGUGCAUUUUAUCAAGAUCCUGAAUCAGAAGUGCUUCAACGUGAUUAUUCAGCUCCCACAAUUGAUGAGGUGCGUAAUAAGGAUGUAUUACCGAAAAUCAUGCAAGUCAAGAAUUUCGGUUUAGCUGGACGUACGAAAUACACUCAUUUAGUCGAUCAAGAUACUUCUAGUCGUGACUCUCCUUGGGAAAAACCAUUAGCUAAGCGUAGAAGAAAGGAUGAUGAUCGAUCAUAAUGUAACGAAGCAGUAUAAAGAAGAUGGGAAAAAU